AUGCUAUCAAGUUCUUCUUACGAAUUGAAAGUGAUGGAUUCUGAUAGACAAGGUUCAGCGGGUACAUCAGGAGUAAGGAUUGUGACCCGACAAUACUUGUUUGACCUCAUGAGGAACGAAAAUUUUCUUAAUUUAGAUGCCAAAUUAAAUUUUCUAAAAGAUAAACUUUUGUCAUGUGAAGGUUACAAUGAAGAUCAAAUUGUUAGUUUGAAACAUGGUUUUGCACAUUUCAAAUCAGAAAUCAAACAAAAGUGGACCAAAGCUCAUUAUAAAAUAGAUAAUUUUAUUAAAUACAACCGGUCUUGGCUGGAAGGUACUUUUGAAAUACCUGUUGUUGAGACUUCACAAAAACGGCCAGGUCGACCAUCCAAGUCGUUUGAAGACGCAAGCGAGAGGAGCAAGAGGCGAAAGACUGAAGAACUUCGUUCUAAUUUUGAAAAAGAGAUCAUAAUACAUGCUGCGAAAGUGGAACUAGGGAAAUCUGGUAACAAAGAUGCAUCAAAUGUCCUAAAAGAUAUCACUAGUACUCCGACAAGAGCAACAAAAUAUAAAAAGGCAUUUUAUCUUACGAAAUCAAGUAAAGAGCAACCCUCCUUGACACCAAUGCAAGCUUUGCAAAUGUUUAUAGAUGCAGAUUUGACACAAGGACAGUACGAAAUUAUAAGAAAGACCAAUAAGAAGUUUUUUCCGUGCUAUAGUGCCUUACAAAAAGCCAAGAAGAAAUGUUACCCACCUCAAGAAUCGUGUACGGUAACGAGUACCAGUGCCGAAGCUCAGUUACAGCCUCUAAUGGAUGUUACUGUUAGGCGUUUAUCGGAAUACCUAGAAGAGGUAUUGAUAACUUUAAAUGAGCAAGAGCGUGAAUGCUUAACUAUAAUUAAUAAAUGGGGCUGCGAUGGGUCCCAACAAUCACAGUUUAAGCAAAAACUAGAAAGUGAUAUCGAUUCCGACUCAAACAUAUUCCAAAGCUGCUUCGUGCCUCUACAAUUAGUUUGUGGAGAUAACAAUAAAAAAGUUUUAUGGAAUAAUCCAACGCUCUCUUAG